AUGUCCAACGACCGCAAGCCCGUCGCCGACCAGGCCGAAGACGACGCCUGGUUCCCCUCACCAUACUCGCUGACGCAGUACGUCGCCCCCAAGACGGACUUUGCCGAGGGCGACGCCGACUACGCGGCCACGGCCUACAAGGGCGGCAAGUGGAAGGUGCUCCUCAUCGCGACCCAGGAGCGCUACCUCAAGAUGGCCGACGGCUCGUUCUUCUCGACGGGCAACCACCCGGUCGAGAUGCUGCUGCCCAUGCUGCACAUGGACGCCGCCGGCUUCGACAUUGACAUUGCCACGCUGUCGGGCGAGCCCGUCAAGUUUGAAAUGUGGGCGUUCCCCAAGGAGGACAAGGCCGUCCAGGCCAUCUACGACAAGUACCGCGACAAGAUCCGCAACCCGCUCAACCUGCAGGACGUCUGGGGCCGCGGCUUCACCGCCGACACGCCGUACCUCGCCGUCUUCAUCCCCGGCGGCCACGGCGUGCUCAACGGCGUGCCCUUCUCGGCCACCGUCGGCGACGUGCUGCGCUGGGCCCACGCCCACGAGCGCUUCUUUGUGACGCUGUGCCACGGGCCCGCGAGCAUGCUCGCCGCCGACGUCGGCAAGCCCGCCGGGUCCCGGUACAUCUACGAGGGCUACAAGGUCGACGUCUUCCCCGACUCGCUCGACGAGGGCGCCAACAUUGACAUUGGCUACAUCCCCGGCAAGAUGGCCUGGCUCGUCGGCGAGCGCCUGCGCGCCCUCGGCGUCGAGCCCAUCAACAGCCAGAUCACCGGCGAGGUCCACCGCGACCGCCUGCUGCUGACGGGCGACUCGCCGCUGGCCUCGAACAACCUCGGCAAGCUGGCCGCCAAGACGCUGCUCGAGGCUGUGGCGAGCAAGUAG